CCGGCCAGGACUUCACCAACAUACACAUAGCCUUCUAUAACAGUCCUCCACUGCCGUUUGCCUCGGUAUAAUUGCCACCAGUCCAUACAGUUGCAUCAGUCUGACGCACAGACGAGAAGUGAAUCCAACUUCUCGCGUGUUUUCUUUCACUGGAUGGGAUUCCUCCACUGCCGUGGUUACCGUGGUUACCGUGGCGACGCGUUGUACCAUGGACCACACAUAGGCCGAAGUCAUAGGCGAAAACUACUUCAGCAACUUCAACUUCACUCACACUCACGGCAUGAAAUGAAACGAGUCGACAACAUUAAACUGCGACAUCCAGUUCUCCAGCUGAAGUGACAAGAAAGAAGUGAUUAUUAUGGAAAGUGCUACAGAAGAAGCCGACCCCAUGGCCAGUGCGCCGGAUAAGAGCCUUGAUCUUCCACAGCGAGAGUGUGACGAUGGAGAAGUUGCAGACAAAAGGCAGGAAGACGUCCUUGUACCGGAGGCUGACUUGUUGUCUGAGGAACAGGGACUGGAAACUAGGUCAGUUCCAGAUGAGGAUAUCACAGCACAAACAGAUGACGGCUCCUAUUACGUCACAUGGAGCGUUUACAUUGCCCUUGCUAUCCCACAAGGGGAAGAUGUUGACGCUUCGGAAACUCCUGAAAAGGGAAUGAAAGCAAAUAAAGAUUCAACCACUGGUUCGAUGAAAGCACAUAAAGCUCAGAGCAGCUUUCACAUUGAAUACAAGUUAUUACCGGAUGACACGGAGACAGCCAAAGUGGACGUAGUAGUGUUUGGUCCUGUCGCAAAAAUGUACAAAGCAGAUGAGUGCAAGAUUCUGAGAACGUGGCGCGAAGGAGAUCAGACGUGGGUUGGCUGGUCCCAGAAUUUCAACGUCAGAGUCAACAGGGACACGUUGAUCAGUCUGCUCCCUCGGAAAAUCAGACUUCAAAUAUGGAACAGCAAGGAUAAACUGUCCAGCCAAGCCGGCUACGAAAGACUCAAAGCCCUCAGACUGCCUCAGGAUCAGUCUGAAAAUGCAGCAGAUGUGUGCGGUGAGAUCAAGACUAUGGUGAACAAGCUGAGAAGCAUGAGGGAGAAGAAGUCAAACGCAUCUAAAGCCUAUCGCAAAACAGACAAAGAUGGGAAUCUUGCACCACAUCUGAAAAAAGGUCCUGAAAAACACACAACAGAAGUCUAUGACCUUGAGGACAUCAAAAAGACUGGCACAGCAUCAGUUGAGAUCAACCCAAUUUGCCUGGUGGCUGGUGACACCUCAUUGACUGAACGCUUCCUGGUGUGUUCUUCUGGUGUACUGGAAGUCAUGUGCAACAUUUCUCUGGAUAAACCAUUGAUGUCAGACCAGCUGAAGACUGAACUCAACCCUCUGGUCAUCACAAUUGUGUCAGCCACUUCAAUGCCUUCAUCCCCUGUGCCCUUCCACGUCUUACAGGAGAGAUGCAUGCCUGUAUAUUGCCAGUAUAAGUUCGAUAACUUCGAAGCACACAGGACCAGUUACCACAAGCAUGAUACUGACAUCUACUUCAAAGACGUCAAUGUGAUCCUGACCGGCUUGAUGAAUCUCGAAGAGCUCCAAGAGUUCUUCUCCGGUCCUCCGCUGGAGAUAGAGGUUCAUGAUCGUGACAGAAAGUCGGACGAAGCAGCAAAAUCUCCCUCGUCAUUGGGCAGUGGCUCAGACAAUGCAAACCAGCGCCGUGCGACAUUAUUAACAAAGAAGAUGGCGGCCGUUAACACUCACGGCGUUGCGUGCCUAAACCUCUCGGAUCUGCUACUUGGAAAGAAAAGCCUAGAGGUGUACUUACCAAUUAAAAGCCGCCCUCCACCUCUGCUGCUGGACAGGGAGCGAAGCCGAUUGAAGAAGACGAUGACGGACGCUGCAGCUCCCGUGCCACAAGGCCAUUAUUAUGACGCCAACUCUCAACUGAAAGUGAAGGCCGAGAUAGCUUACCCACUCAAUUGUAAGACCGACGCUCCGUUCGGGCGCAUCAUUUACCAGUUUGCAUUCAACAACUCCUCUGCGAUGACCAAGCUGAGGUCAGAGAUCCUCCAGAUCAACGCGGCAGCUUUCCAUCUGGGCUCACGCUCACUGGAAAAUAUACAGACAGCCCUAUCAAAUUACAAAAUGAAUUUUAAGCACGAGAAGAGCAAGGAUCUGGAUUUUGUAACAGGGUUCCACGUGCUAGAUACAAGGACACACAUCUUUGUUCUUGAAGGGCUGCAAGAAAAAGCAGUGAAGAGGCUUUGGGAGGCUGUACCUAUGAAGCUAAGCGGGAGUGAGGAGGAGCAUGUCAUAGUUCUCUACAACUCCAACCUGGGUUUCUUCAGACGCAUGUACGACUCAUUAGAUGUGGGCUUGAGUCCUGUCCACCUAUGUGAGCCUCUGAAGACCAUCAUGAGAAAGCCUCUUAUCUACAUUCGAGGUGUGCUCCCUCAGCCCUGCUUCCAGGCGCUGUCCAGGUUGAGCCAGCUUUGUCGAGUGAAGCACCUCAAAGAGGUGGUGCAGUACAACCUCUUCCCCUCAGCUGACAUGAUCCUCAGCCUGAACGAGGAAUAUGGCACACGUGUUGAACAGUGGGAGCAAAAAGCCGGAGCAAACACUGAAAAGGACCUGAUCGCUCUACCUGUCAGGAUGAAGAGACACGCACCGCUCGACACGCACAACAAAGACUACGACAGAUGGAAACACAACAGCCGGCAGAUGGCACAGCAACACACGAAGAACUUCAUCCAGGAAAAUGUUGAAAAGGUACACGAGGAAAGCGAGCAACUGCAAAAGCCAGACGCUGCGGUAUUAAGGAUAGAAGAGUCUGGAGGCAAACCCGCACACAACUACAGCAUCCAAACCUUCAACUCCAAUGAGCAAAACAAGGAUCUGCUCCGUACAGAGAUGGCCAAGGUGCCGUGGCGGAGGUUCACCUACAGUCAGCAGUACCACAGCGCAACGGUGGAUCCCGGAGAUGUGACUUUAAGAUCCGACUCCGCUGCUGCCUCCACAGUUUGGGUCACGAGUAUGAACAAGCCCAAAGUUCACCCCAGACAUCCAGAUGAAGCUCGUGUGGAGGAACUGAGGAAGCCAUGGAGAGAGAACGUCCUUCAUGCCAACACUCUGAAACCCACACUUUCACGGGACAUGUGGGCCUGGGAUCAACGCUCGAUGGACUUUCAGCUCUGCGGCAAACCGACCUCAUUCUUCAGCACACCUCCUAUGACCAUUCAUCUCACUGGAGAGUCUCUGCAGCAGGAGCAGCUCCGAGCAGCCAGAGCUCAGUACGACCGCUGGCUGAAGAAGCUGCUUCCUGGAGGCAGCGACCCACCAGCCGACGGCCCCGUCCCAGAGUUCAAGUGUCACAUGAGAGGACACUCUGAGAGGCUUCAGGAUCUGCUGAAAGACGAGCCAAGGAAGUAUUCACUGAGGAAAGCAGGCAUGAUGCUGGAGCCUUUUCCUCAACUCUCAGUGAUGAACUUGGGUGAAGGCGCAGCGGAGGAAAGGAUGAGCGUGGCUCUGGCUCCAGGCGACUGCACAAACUGCAGCCUCAGCAGCAAAAACAACGUCAUCCCCAGACACGCCCCUCUGCCCAGCAAGUGCCACCACACGUGAGUUCAAGU